AUGUACGAGAUCCGUCGCGACCGGCUGCAAGCCCUCUGGGACAGUAUCGAGGUCGCCUAUUCCACAUGCCCUGAUGCACUGCAUCGAGACGGCGACAGGCCAUGGAGGCGAAAUACGAUCACUGCUAUGCAGUGUAUGAGCGGUGUCUCGCCCGUGUUAAGGGGCAAAUUACCCAAGUUUUCGGGUCCAGCAGGAGUGAAGCAUCCGUUCCUCCUGUAUACUCCAGUGGCUGCCGGCUCCCUCCAGUCGACACCGAAAUGUUCCAAUGCUCAGAAUGUCCUUCUCGGCACGGCGGUCAUCAACGUAUGCCACUUGGACACUACAUACACCGCACGUGCGCUUAUUGAUUCCGGGUCCGAAGAGACCUUCAUUUCUGAGCGUCUGUUCCAACGCAUUAAGUUGCCUUUCAAGUCCGUGCGAGCCCAGGUAUCCGGGCUAAAUCACGCAGUUGCGGCGCAAUCGCAGAAGUUAUGUCACUUCAGCAUUGGUUCUCCAACGAAGCCGAGGCUCCAUAUCGAGACUUCGGCAUUCGUAAUUCCACAGUUGGCAGGCAAACUGUCCUCCUUCGCUAUGCCGCAGAGUUUCCUAAGGGCUCUACCAGCGAUAGAACUGGCAGAUCCACACUUCUACAAGAGCGCUCAGAUUGAUAUUCUAAUUGGCACGGAUAUCCUUCCGUCGGUCAUCUUGAGCGGCUCCCGGCCAAACAUUUGUGGCUCACUCCUUGGGCAAGAAACCGUGUUUGGCUGGAUUCUCACAGGCCCCGUCUCCCAGAAUGUGUCGACAACUGUUUCUGCGUUUUCGACAAGAGUCGCCCUCCAAGGAGACGAACAGCUCGACAGCCUACUUUCCAAAGACUUCGUUUGCGAAGAAAACUUCGUUAAGACUACUUCUCGUAGCAAAUGUGGCAGAUAUCGGGUGACUCUUCCAUUCCUGAAGCCCGAUGGCAUUGAACUGGGUCAUUCCAGAUCCAUAGCGCUGGCUCAAUUCCUCAAGAACGAGAAUCGUUUGUCGAGAAACGAUUCUCUAAAGGAACAGUAUAAUGCCGUUCUCCAGGAGUGCAUGGACUUGGGUCAUAUCACACCCAUAUCGCCUCAGGCAAUCGUCACGACUCCUAACUUCUAUCUGCCUCACCAUGCCGCGUUCAAACCAGAUAGCACCACAACGAAGGUGCGCGUCGUUUUCAACGCUUCUUGUCCAUCCUCAAAUGGCAAGAGUCUGAAUGAUAUCCUUCAUUCAGGGCCCAUUCUUGUAGGGUUGGCUGCCCACUCAACGGGUCGUCUUAUUAUAAGACGACGCCCAAGACGUGUUCGUUACAUUCUCCAAUUGGAUCUCACGUUGCGAUACUAUCGAUAUGCGUUCAAUGCGGACAUAACGAAGAUGUAUCGCCAAAUCCUCAUGGACUCGAAGCACACACCGUUCCAACGAAUUCUGUUCCGUACAUCGGACGGUGAGAUCCGUGACUUCGAGUUGAACACAGUGACAUUCGGUGUCAACUGUGCGCCUUUCCUGACUCUACGAGUUCUCCAGCAACUUGCUGAAGACAUACGCUUGGAGUAUCCUCUCGCAAGCCGAGUCAUCUCCAACAACAUGUACCUGGACGACGUCCUGGCGGGGACACACACGAAAGAAGAGGCCAUUCGGACCAUUGCGGAAGUGUGUUCAGCCCUGGACAGCGCUGGCUUCCCGCUGAGGAAGUGGACGUCGAACCAUAAGAGCGUGCUGAAGGAUAUUCCAAAGGACCAUCUACUUAGAGAAGACUUCCUCGAACUCGAGGACUCCAGUACGGCGAAAACUCUGGGCAUCAGGUGGCAAGCUCACGUUGACGAGUUCUUCUUCAUGCCACCAGAAGUUGCCCAUCAGGACUCCUACACGAAGAGGGAAGUGCUUUCGCAAAUUGCUAAGCUUUUCGCCCCAGCCGGGUGGCUGGCCCCUUUUGUUAUCCGAGCCAAGAUCUUCAUGCAGGAGAUCUGGCUGAAAACGCUCGAAUGGGACGAGCAUUUACCCACGGAUCUUUUAUUCCAAUGGAAGGAGUACCUCCAGAGCUAUCCUGCUCUGGGAAAGAUCCAAGAUCCAAAAGAUUCCAAGAUGGGUCCAAUUUCAGAAACGAAAAGGGCGUAUGGAGCGGCGAUCUAUGUCCGUGUGGAGACGGCGAACAAGGUUUCCACACAUCUCCUCACUGCGAAGACAAUAGUGGCUCCUGUCAAGACUCUCUCAGUGCCACGUUUGGAGCUUUGUGGCGCAGUCCUGUUGGCUGAGUUAUCUGCAGCCCUCCUUCUGAAUCUGCCAGCAGAAAGUUUCCAGACUUUCUUUUGGACUGAUUCAACAAUUGUUCUCGCCUGGUUGAACAAGCCACCCUGCAGAUGGACAACCUUUGUGCCCAAUCGUGUGGCCAAAAUCGUCCAAGCCAGCGACGCCAAGAACUGGUCGCAUGUGCGAUCCGAGCACAAUCCGGCAGAUCUUGCAAGCCGAGGUGUCCUGCCACAAGAAUUGAUUCGUAAUCCUUUGUGGUGGCAUGGACCAGAGUGGCUUCAUCUCCCGUCGGAUCAAUGGCCAACAUCUCCAAGUCCCAUUCCGGAGACUCUGCUGGAGCAGCGGAUUAAGUGCAACGUCGCUAAGUUACCUCCUACUCCUGAUUUCCUGACUAAGUUCUCUGAGUUUGGCAAGGCACUGCGCACGUCUGCCUAUGUUCUCAGAUUCAUCGAUAGAAGUCGGAAAUUGGCAGUUCCAAGCUCUACCGUGGUCCAAGCGGAUGAGCUGUCACAGAUCCAAGAGCGGCUAAUCGUCAUGGCUCGACGACAAAGUUUUCCACAGGAAUACCACUGUCUGCAGUCCAAGCAGCAGGUUCCUUCCUCAAGUUCAAUCCGAAACUUGAACUCUUUCCUCGAUGGCAAGGGGAUUCUACGGGCCUGUGGGCGUCUGAGGGCGUCCCCCUCGCUGCGUUAUGAUAAGAGUCAUCCAAUCAUCCUCUCGUAUUCCUCGUCCUUUGCACGACUACUGGUUCGUUUUACCCAUCGUAUAUCCUUACAUGGGGGUAACCAAGUCGUCAUGCGGCUGAUCCGUUCCAGAUUCUGGAUUCCAAAAUUGAAGGUCCUCGUCAAAUCCACCAUCAACUCUUGCAAGGUUUGCGUGAUCUACAAGAAGAGACUGCAGACCCAAAUGAUGGGGGACUUGCCCAAGGAAAGGGCGUCCUACUCGAGACCUUUCACGCACACUGGAGUCGACUUCGCCGGCCCAUUCGAAAUAAAGAAUUACACUGGCCGAGCCUGCCUCAUCACCAAAAGGUAUGUCUGCGUCUUCGUGUGCUUCAGCACGAAGGCGAUCCACUUGGAGGCAACAUCGGAUCUCACGACGGAGAAAUUCCUGGCCGCAUUCUCCCGUUUCAUCGCACGGCGCGGGUGUCCAUACCAGAUGUACUCGGACAACGGGAAAACCUUCGUUGGAGCUGACAAAGUGAUCUUCAACGACUUCUUGGAAGCGACGAGGGAGUGCAUCAUCGCACAACAUGCCCACAAGAGCCUAUCCUGGCACUUCAACCCGCCGGGCGCCCCGCAUAUGGGUAGAUUAUGGGAAGCCGGCGUAAAGAGUUUCAAGGCACUCUUUUACAAGGCGACCUCCACCGCGAAGUAUACGUUCGAAGAGUUGUCCACUCUUCUCGCUAAGAUCGAAGCCUGCCUGAAUUCGAGGCCGAUUUCCCCUAUGCCCGCGGACCCUUCGGACUUACUAGCGCUCACUCCUGGGCAUUUCCUCGUAGGUGGCCCACUUAUUUCGGUGUUGGAAUCACCAAUUAACCAACCGGCCACCUCCAUCCUCAAUCGAUGGCAGCGACUGAAGGCUCUUCACCAACAAUUUUGUUUCCGUUGGAAAGAUGAGUACCUGAAGGAGCUGCACAAACGAACGAAAUGGCAAUCCCCUACACGGAAUCUUCGGAUCGGUGACAUGGUCGUCAUAAAAGAAGACAACCUCCCCUCGAACGAGUGGCGCCUAGGACGGGUGCUGACGACGUGUCCAGGCACCGAUGCCAAGGUCCGAGUUGUAGAUGUGCUCACGGCGCGGGGUACUAUCCGAAGACCCGUUGCCAAACUCAUUCUACUCCCGAUGGACAGCAAGACUGACCCCUCCACGUCAGAAGGACUGAAGGUCGAAUAA